AUGUCACCGCUCACCAGGCCCGUUGGCCUGCUGGCCGUCGUCGCCUGUCUCUUCUGCUGCUUCGGCGGAGCGCUGUCUUCCCACGAGACGGAGACGGAGCCGGCGCCCGACCCAGAAGAGAUUUACGCCAAGAUAUAUUUCGAGCUGACAAAGGAUCCGCCGGACACCACCGUGUACCCGGGGGUGCCCUUCCUGCUGAAGCUAAAAAUGAGUUUACCAAAUUUCAAAUCCGUCGCUCCUACUGACUUCCAGGUCGACGUGUUCGGGUACGACGUGCGCGGUACGCCUCGGACGCGCUAUGCGCUGUAUGGUCCUCGCCUGCUAUGGGGCGACAGUGUGAGCGUCUCUCAGGUCACCGAACAGCUGAACCGCAGCGUCGAGUUUGACGCGAACAUAUACAACUCUGCGAGCUUCCGUCUUGAAGGCGCAACUGCAACCCAAAGAAGGGCGAUAACAUUGGAACUGAACGCCGUCCUGCUCAGGUCGAGCUACACCUCUUCGGGCAGCACCUACCCGCUGUCAGUGGCCGUGACCUACGGUGGAAACCUCUUCGGCUGGGCUGGCCAAGGGAACUACGUCUGCAUGCAAGACGACGUGGCAUUUGACUUCCUGUCCAGUGUGGAGACGACGGCCACCUCAGCUGGUGCCAUCCCCAUGAGGGGAGCCGACAGGGUGGACGUGGUACUCGCCUACACCAACCCGUUCGACGCCCUGCGCCUCGAGGUCACGGGCACCUCGGAGCGGGAAGAUAUCUUCACACUGUCGAGCAUCGAGGCGCAGCAGAUCGGCUACAACUUCUGGGAAUGCGGCGCCUUCGUGUAUGACGUCAAUGACACGACGGUGUUCACCACUUCGGGGAGUGGCAAGUCCCGGCUCUCUGCCCAGAGAAGCUUUGGCGAACUGCUGAACUGUGGCGGCGAGCAGCCGCGUACGGCAGAAGUCAAUGACCAGAUCACAUUAGGCUUUGGCGUAUUCACCAAUGGGUUUCCGGGUGACACUUUCACGCUCAACGUGAAGGUGCUGCUGAGAGAUCAAGAGAAGCUCAGCCAGGACCUGGUCUUCACGCUCACCGACGGCGAUCUGAGCGCCAUCUACCCGGCGGCCCCCAACAGUAGCGAGCCGAAGCUGGAGAUCACGCCGCCGGCACCGGGCGUGCCGCAAGACAUCGCGCCUGGCACGCACGUGACCUUUGACCUCACCUACCGGUUCCCGAUCUUCCAGCCCGUCGUGGGCCAGAGGAGGACUACGCCGCCACCAGCAGCAACGGAAGCGACAACCUUUUACGAACAGCAAAGUGGGGACCUUGUGUACCAAAGCGGGGACCUUGUGUACCAAAGCGGGGACCUUGUGUACCAAAGCGGGGACCUUGUGUACCAAAGCGGGGACCUUGUAUACCAAAGUGGAAGUGGGAACUAUGCCGGAACAAGUGCAAUUGAUGAAAGUAUUGGCGGAGACUAUAUGUACGGAAGUGGACUUGAAGAUGGAAGUGGAUCAGGGGCCGGAAUUGGAGACUAUACAGGGUCAAGUGAAUUCACAUAUUACGGUGGGAGUGAUUUUUCCGAUGAGGCAUCAAGCGGGCAAUCGCAACGUAAUGGCGGCUCAGGCCGUAAUAAAAGACAAGCAAACGGAAACGGAGGAACAGCAGCAACCAGUGCCGAAACAACGGGGGCGUUUGUCAGCACCAGUCCGAUUGUGACCUUCAUCGACCCAAUCAUGGUCGUCACUGCUACCCAGGCGGAGCCGUGCGGUGCCUCAGCCGGCCCCAGCGGACGCAGCGUUUCGCCGCUGUUCGACCUGCCGCCCGACACUGGCUACCGGCGCUUCCCCACCAACAACAGCCUGCUCUUGAGGCCCGGGCCUCUGUUCUCAACGGGGCUAAUGGCAUAUAAACUGAAUAGCUCCAAGGACGAAGAACUCGUUAUUCGGCUGACGUUUUAUAUUCCGGAGACGGCCACAAGUCCGAGCAUCUCUGUCAGCCUUGUCGGCUCCGGAGAGUCGCCCCUGCAGGCCAACAUCCCGCUGAUGGGCGAGAGCGAAAGGCCGACUGCAAUGGCUGAUCACGCUUUCCAAAUGACGGGAAACAUCACGAGCACCAUUCCAAACGUGGUCUCCACGUCCAAUACCCUAUAUCCGGGCGGCGUCAUCGGCUUCAACAUGACGAUCUUCACGCCACCGGGCGUCAACUACCGGGACCUGCGGCUGGUGGCGCAGCCGCAGACGGUUUCGGGGCCUCAGAUCCGCGUCUGCCGGGCGCGCCUGCUCGCGGUCGGCGCCAGUCUGCCCUGCACGCGCUACGGUUACAACAACCACACGGCCCUGCUCGAGAUGAAGGGGUCCCGGGCGCACAGUAUGCCCGACACGGCCCAGAUCGCCCUGGGACCGGUGUGUGCCCUGCCCGUCGAGCCAAUGGCUGGAGCCGAACAGAACUUCAUCACGGCCAACUUCAUGACGCCCGGCUCCAUGUCAGAUCACCAGUGGCACAUCACGGCACCCGACGAGGACAACCAGAUCAAACUCUGCGACGUGCGCGUCUCGCACGUGGGCGCCAACUACGUGUGUCACCAGGACGCCGCGUACCGCCGGCUCAUUCACUACAAGAGCUACGACAGCCCCACGGCCGACUACGCAACCCAGGAGAAGUCGGAGAGGGGUGUGCACACCAUGAUCACCUACCUCACGCGCUACGCCAACGCCGGCCUCGACUCAACCUCCUUCUACGACGACGAGAUGGUGGACGCCGACACGGUGGUGACAUCGGUGGCGAUGGUGAUGCCCCGAGAGUGCCGCCUCCUUCCGCAUCCGGCUGACAGCGCUGACGGCUGGUCCGUCUAUCCUGGCGUCAUGAAGAAGCUGGUGGUCAUGCUGGACAUGGAAGAGUACUUUGAGCGCACCGUGAAGCUCCUCCUGGAGCCCGCAGAAUCCGAGGCCAAAUACGACGCCUGCUGCGCAUACGUCACGUUCGUGGGGGAAAACUCACCAUGCGUCAACACGUUCGGCCUGGAGUCAGUGAUCUCCAAGAGCAGCCCGUCACUGCUGGGGCCGGACGUGCUGACCUUCGACAUGGGGCGACUGUGCUCGGUGCCUCUCAUCCCGCGGCACAACACCAGUAACCUGGUAAACAUCACGGUGGGACUGCGGCCGCGAAACCAGCUGGCCGCCGGCGAGACCUUCAGCGUGGGCGUUUCCGUGGUCAUGGAUGACACGGUCGGCGCGUUCGGCAGACUGGCCGGCGACACUAGCGCCACCAUUGAUGAGGCGGUCACUACGGAAAUCAUGACAGUCGAUAAAACAUGCCGUCUUAGUUAUUAA